AUGGAAGCACGUACAGUUGGUAUAAUUGGUGGUGGCCAAUUAGGCCGUAUGCUCAUCGAAGUAGCAAAUAGAUUAAAUAUUGAUACUGUUAUACUGGAUGCCCCAAACUCACCAGCUAAACAAAUCUCAAACUCAAUCAAACAUAUCGAUGGUUCUUUCACAAAUGCAGAAGAUUUGAAAAAAUUAUCAGAAAUUUGUGAUGUAAUGACUUUUGAGAUAGAACACGUUAAUGUUGAAUCACUAAAAAAUAACACUUCAAACACUAAAAUCUAUCCUUCUAUUGCCACAAUCGAAUUAAUUAAAGAUAAAUUAAUUCAAAAACAACAUUUAAUUCAAAAUGGAAUUGAUGUAGCUGAAUCGAUUCCAGUUGCCUCCUUUGAUAAAGAAACUUUAUUAGAGACUGGGUCUAAAUUAGGGUUCCCAUUCAUGAUGAAAACUAGAACGUUAGGCUAUGAUGGUAGAGGUAAUUUUGUGGUUAAAAAUACUGAAUCAAUAGACCAGUUACUAAAAAAUGAUCCAAACUUAAAAACUCAAUCUUUAUAUGCAGAAAAAUGGGCCCCCUUUACGAAAGAAUUAGCUGUUAUGGUUGUUCGUAGUAUUAAUAAUAAAGUAUACUCAUAUCCAACUGUAGAAACUGUUCAUGUUGAUAAUAUUUGCCAUACUUGUUAUGCACCUGCAAGAGUUGAUGAAAAUGUCCAAUCAAAGGCAAGAUUAUUAGCAGAAAAGACUAUUCAAUCUUUGCCAUCUGAAAGUGUGGGUGUAUUUGGUGUAGAAUUAUUUUAUUUAGAAAAUGGAGAAUUAUUAGUAAAUGAAAUCGCUCCAAGACCUCAUAAUUCAGGUCACUAUACAAUUAAUGCUUGCAUAGUUUCUCAAUUUGAAGCUCACUUACGUGCUAUUUUAGGGCUACCUUUACCAGAAGGGUUCACUUCUAUGACUACAAAUAUUACAAAUUGUAUAAUGUUAAAUGUAUUGGGUAAAGCCACUGAUAAAAAAGAUGAAGAAAAAUUAUUAUAUGAAAACACAUUAAACACGCCUGGCGCUUCCUUAUAUUUAUAUGGUAAAGAAUCUAGACCUAAGAGAAAAUUAGGACAUAUUAAUAUUGUUGGAAAUUCAAUGCAAGAAUGUGAAGCCAAAUUACAAUAUAUUUUAGGACAAAGUACUGAAAACACCACAAACAAGAAAUCUCCAGAAGUAGGAAUCAUAAUGGGUUCUGACUCAGAUUUACCUGUUAUGUCACAAGCAUGCAAAAUCCUAGAACGUUUUGACGUGCCAUUUGAAGUUACGAUUGUAUCUGCUCAUAGAACUCCUCAGAGAAUGUUUACUUAUGCACAUGAUGCUCAUCAAAGAGGCAUUAAGGUAAUCAUUGCCGGUGCAGGUGGUGCAGCUCAUUUACCGGGGAUGGUUGCUGCUAUGACACCAUUGCCUGUUAUCGGUGUUCCUGUUAAAGGCUCAACGUUGGAUGGUGUAGAUUCAUUAUAUUCUAUCGUCCAAAUGCCAAGAGGUAUUCCUGUAGCAUCUGUUGCCAUUAAUAACAGUACAAAUGCUGCAAUUCUUGCUGUUAGAAUGCUUGGUAUCUCAAAUCCAAAAUAUAUAGCAGAUAUGAAAUCUUUCAUGGAAGUACAAGAAGAAGAAGUAAUCCAAAAAGCUGCUAUUCUUGAAAAAGACGGUUACGAAGAAUAUUUGCAUAAUUAUAAAAAGUGA